AUGGAGACGAAUUCACCCCUCUCCAUAGCAAAAAUUAUGCUCCCAAAGAUGCCCAUGAUAGGAAAAACCCUUGUUUCCCACACUCUAGGCAUAUCGCCCCAUGCUACCCACUGGGAUCUCAAAACCGAACUCACAGUCAAAAUUCUACGCUCCUUCCUGUACGCCACCCCAUCCCCCAUUUCCAAAAUUCAAGCUGUGACACUACAGGAUUCUGGCAUCAAAGGCCGGAUCUGGAUCUCUAAAGUCACGCUGGCGAUCCCCUCUGAAGAUGAUGUUCGUCAGAAACUAUUCAAAGUCAUAGAGGAUAUGAAAGACCCAUUGAAUUCCGGACAAUCACCACAAGAAGGAGGAUUCCAAAAACCAGAUUUACUCCCUGUAGAGGGCGAAUGGACCGGUCAUCGCGGCUAUGCCCCUAAAAAUGCCCCGAGACUUCGAAUCUCCGAAGCUGAACAAUAUGUGGAGAUGAUGAAAGAAAUUACUUCUCCCGUGACAAUUCUUUAUAUACACGGGGGAGCACACUGGCUUCUUGAUCCCGCCAGCUAUCGCGGUCCAUGCAAGAAACUCGCCAAACUAACAGGCGGCCGAGUCCUCUCUCUCCGAUAUAGACUUGCGCCUCAGAACCCUUUUCCGGCUGCUCUGCUGGACUGUCUCGUCGCAUAUCUGCACCUCCUCUAUCCACCUGAAAACUCAUUCCACACCGCUGUCCCCACCGAAAAUAUCAUUCUCUCCGGCGACAGCGCAGGCGGAAACCUCUCAUUAUCGCUUCUCCUCUUGCUUCUCCAUCUACACAAAACAUCUACCCCCAUAGUUUGGAACGGUGUAUCACGGCUCCUUCCAUUACCAGCAGGUCUAGCGCUUAAUUCUCUCUGGACGGAUCUCCUACGCUCCUCACCUUCUAUGGAAACAAACAGUAAAUACGACUACAUACCCCCUCCAUCUCUCUUCUCCCCCUCCCAUUCCAUUCCCUAUCCGCGGUGUAAACUCUGGCCCACUCCGUCUCCGCGAUCGAAUAUUUACUGCGAGGACGCGAUGCUCAUCCAUCCACUUGUUUCGCCGCUGGCGGCGCCGGCAAGUGCAUGGGAGGGGAGUCCGCCGAUUUUGUUCAUGGUGGGGACGGAGUUGUUGACCGAUGAGAAUAAGAUACUAGCGCGGAGAUUGGCGCGGAGGGGGGUCAAAGUGAGAUGGGAGGAGUAUGAAUGGAUGCCGCAUUGCUUUGCGUUGGCGCUGCCGCAUUUAAAGGGGACGAGGAGGUGUUUUGAGGGGUGGGCGGGGUUUUGUAAAGAGGUUGGGGGGAGGAGGGUAGAUGAUGAGGGGGGAGAGGAGAGGGAGAAUGGAGGGGUAGAGACGAGGGGGGUGAUGAUUAGUGAUAAUGCUAAGGGGAUUAAGGAGACGAAGAUUGAUGUGGAAGGGUUGUGGGAAGAGAGUGAUGAAGUCGUGACUGAGAGGAUGAAGGAACAGGCGAGGAUCUUGGAAGAGGAGGGGAAGGUGAAAGAGGAAAAUGGGACCGUAAAUGGUGGUGGAACUAAAAAGGCACGACUCUGA